AUGGGUGUUGUUGUAUUUGGUAAAUCUAUAAAACAUAAUUUUCCAGUCCGUAUAGGAUUAGCCAAGGCUAUCUUUGGUAUUGGUUAUCAAACAGCAGAAAAACUUAUGGCUAAAGUAGGAAUUUAUCCAAAUUGCAGAAUGAAUCAAUUAUCAGAACCACAAAUUAUGGAUUUAAAUAAAGAAAUUUCACAAUUGUUAGUUGAAGGUCAUUUGAAACAAAAGAUUAAUAAUGAUAUUAAACUUAAAAGAACUACUGGUUCCUAUGCGGGUAGUAGACAUGCUUUGGGUUUCCCUGUUCAUGGUCAACGUACAAGAACCAAUGCUUCUACUGCUAGAAAAUUGAACAAACUUGAAAGAUACCGUUUGUAA